AUGAACUCCCUCAACUUACUGUCUUCCCGUGUUAUCGGCCAAUCCCCAGCUACUACUCGUCCACGUUCCAAAUCCCAGGGAGAGAUUCUCAAAAAAGAAGAGCGCGAGGAGCUCCGAGGCCGAUCAUAUAGCGAUGAAAAGGUCCCUUUGCUGAGCAAAGACACGGCUCUCAGCAGUGGUAGCGACGACACUGAGGGCAAUGAGUCGCCCAUCAAAGACCAGCAUGACGAGAAGAAACCCUUCCUCGACGUUGCACACCAACUCGAGCCUGUCGCAAAAUCGUCUGCAUGGCGAAGCUUUGUUAAACGUAUCACCGAUGCUUUGACUGCCAUCCUCUCGGCCAUCGGGGCGCCUGUGGUGUGGCUGGCAAACUGCUUCAAAGAUGAGGAUGGCCGCUACACGGUGCUGUCUCGACGGAAGACCAGGUCGAGAAAUCGGCACGCCGCCGAGAAGCCCACCAGCAAAGCGCUGCACGAGACCCAGCUUCGGCAUUCCUACUCAAGCGAAUCUAUGACCUCAGCCGGCUCAACUGAAUCCGACUCAGAUCACCCUAUGCAACGGUCAUCUGACUCCAGGAGCAGCGAGCCACGGCGAUCGUCUAUUCGUAUCAAGGAGCAGAAUGAUCCGGCGCUGAAGAAGCGAAAGCAGAAGCGAAACAGCCCGUUGGGGGAGUCGACACCGUUGACCGUGGACAACAUCAAGUCGCCCACAUCCCCUAUUCCGUCCCUAAAGGUCACUCGAUACCCACACGCGCCACAGCCUCCGCGACCUUUGGUGCCUCGACGACAGCCAUCGUACUCGAACAUUGUUCCGCGGUCACCCAGUCGUCAUUUGUCGUCAUCCCAGGAGCAGAAGACGCUCGUUCUGGAUUUAGACGAGACACUGAUCCAUUCUUUGGCCAAAGGAGGCCGCAUGUCAUCCGGACACAUGGUGGAGGUCAAGCUGAACGCACCAGUCGCCGUGUCUACAGCACAUGCAAACCAGCCUGCGCAGGUCAUUGGACCGCAACAUCCGAUUUUAUACUACGUGCAUAAGCGGCCUCACUGCGAUGAGUUUCUGAAGAAAGUGUGCAAGUGGUACAAGCUGGUGAUUUUCACGGCGUCGGUGCAAGAGUAUGCGGAUCCGGUCAUUGACUGGCUGGAGCAGGAGCGCAAGUAUUUCGUGGGCCGCUACUAUCGCCAGCACUGCACGUUCCGAAAUGGGGCGUAUAUCAAAGACCUGAGCAGCAUUGAGCCGGAUCUGUCCAAAGUCAUCAUCCUGGACAACAGCCCUGUGAGCUACAUCUUCCAUGAAGAUAACGCAAUCCCAAUUGAGGGAUGGAUCAAUGAUCCGACGGACAAUGACCUGCUGCACUUGAUACCCAUGCUUGAGGCUCUACAGUACGUGACAGAUGUGCGGGCUUUGCUGGCUCUACGACGCGGUGAGGCAGAGGCAGCAGCUUAG